AUGGCUGCAGGCAGAGUCCUGCUCAGCUCUCUGCUGCUCCUGUUGCUGCAGCUGGGCCUGCACUGGGGCCCUGUUGCUCAGGGGGCUCCAGUGGCAGAGGGAGACUACUCAUCUGAGCAGGCAGCAGAGACCAGAGGGACCUGGAGGACACAGCUGGGUGCCCACCAUCCCCGAGCCCGCCUGCGCCGAGCCCUGGCCAGCCCAUGCCAGCUGUGGAGCCUUACCCUGCCUGUGGCAGAGCUGGGCCUGGGCUAUGCCUCGGAGGAAAAGGUCAUCUUUCGCUACUGCGCUGGCAGCUGUCCCCGUGGAGCCCGUACCCAGCACGGCCUGACACUGGCCUGGCUGCGGGGCCAGGGCCGAGCCCACGGCGGGCCCUGUUGCCAGCCCACCCGCUAUGCCGACGUGGCCUUCCUUGAUGACCACCACCGCUGGCAGCGGCUGCCCCAGCUCUCGGCGGCUGCCUGUGGCUGUGGCGGCUGA